AUGGACACCGACGACGAGAGCACAAUGAUGUACUUCCUGCCCGACGGCAUCGCGGACGACUCGCCCCGGAAGAAAACUCAAGCGAAGGCCAGUUUUGGUGCCAUUGGCGGGCGAAGUGCGCCUACUGAACGCGACUCUUCGACAGCCACGUUUCGUGGAGAUCCUGCACAUAUCCUCACGGCUUCAGUGGCUCCGAACCUGAGGAGUAACACGCGUUCACGCGAACUGUAUGCCCAUCGCCGCCCUGCACUGGAGACGUCACCUUUUGGGUCAAAUGGAAGCUCGAUUGCGUCCAACAGUCCUUCCAGCUUUUUCCCAUCUAAUUUGGGAGGAGAAGGGCACGGACCACGAGUAUCUGGAGACUUUGGGGACAGCGGGCGAUCCAUUUUGAGAUCAAGUGGACAUUUCGGGGUUGGAAGACCGUAUGGAUCCAGAUUGUCGGCCGAUACUGAAGCGAUGCGAUUGCGGACCUCAGUGUUUGAUCGCGAACAGAAAGCUGCCAAGAGCUUUGUCUCUGCGCAGAGAGAGUUCGAGAGAAGUACUGGGGUGACUGGAUCUUAUGGCACAGUGGCUCAGCACUACUACCGGGGGGAGAUAUCGACGCCAUGCUUGAACACUAGAGAAAGUGACGCGUCGUGUAUAUUGACUACAACCAAGACGUGGCCGGUCUCGGGGACAACAUCGCAGCCGCGUCGCCUGUUACGUCGCCCACCGGGACUGGCUGGCCCUCCUGGGCUUGAGGAGUCUAGUAUGGUGAAUGGAGCGCAGUCUUAUAUGAACGUGCGGGGUGGAAGUAACUUGAUACAGUCGCCAGCGUAUCAGACCCAAUCUGAUCCUUACCACUACCCGACGCCGUCACGUGUGGCUGGUGGAAGAGCUUCGAGCACAGAUUACUUGAGUGGCAAGGACCAGGGCAAUCAAAGUUUACCCUACAGCUCGAGCUCGUCAUCUGGUGCGUAUGGAAACAGCUUGUCACACGAUCAGACCCAUCGCCGAGCUGCGCCGAACCGGGAAUCAGUCGAGCCGAACACGCAUUCGGUGAAAGUGCGUCAGGUAGAUGGUAGACAUGCUCGACAAGCGGCCGGCUCAUCAUCAGCGAUGCACGAUUCCCGCACACCAACGACGUCGAGACGAGUUGAUGUACAGUCGAUGUCAAAGACACCGUGGAGCCUAAAGAAAGCUCGACAUGAUCGAAACAAGUCCGAAGGUUCGUCGAAUCUGCGAGUAAAUGCAUUGGAGUUCAGCACAGAUGCCAUGAACGUUUUGAGACCGAGAUCCCCAGCAAGACCGAAUCGCUCGGAUCGCUGGCGUGAUACGGCGUCUCCUAUGACCGCAAGCUCCUCUUCUUCGAACGAGAACUACCGUAGCAGUAGUGACUCAUCAGGGCCGAGAGGCGGGGGUCGCUACCAGGCCAGCAACAAUGGCGAAUCGUCUCCGAUGCUGGGCACCGUCAGCAAAGAAAGCCGCGUGAUGGAAACAGCGAGUCGGGCAAAAACGCCUGGAUCUUUGGUUACCUCUCGACAUGUUGAAAGUGAUAGUCCUGUCGAGUCAGCUACGCUUGAGUCCUGUAAACCGAGACGCCAUGAGGAAAGCAAAGUUCCAAGUCGUGGCACCUCAACGAUGACCUCCGCGCGAGUGAGCGAGAAAGGGGCAGGCAUCACCGGUCGCCAAGUGUACCGAAAGAAAAAGAGAACGGGGGAGAGCUCAAAAGAUGUGACGGUUCCGGAUGAAGUCGCACCGACUUUUGCCAGUGCACCAUUGAGUUUGCAUACAGUUGAAGCAAGUAGUGAAGGCAUCACGACUGGAGGAGGUUUAUACAAACAUGGGAAAAACUCGGCACGUGAUACUGCAAGCAGUGUUUCACCAAAGACAUCAGAGACUAUUUCGGACAUGGACGACAUUGCAGAACCCGAUUCUACUACCGUGAAAAGAACUGUUGGGAAGCACGGCGAAUCAGCGAGUAGUCGCGGUGUCGAUGCAGCGGACGACGACAAAGGCAUAUCACUAGUUGCUGGCUCGUCUCAUGGUACACCGGCCGCGGAUUCUGCAAAUAGUACGGAACGUGGCCAGCUAUCAUGCCCGAGUACGUCGUAUAGCGAUGGGACGAAAGAGCCGUGCAUACUGCAGUCGGAUGCUACAAGAGCAACGGUGUCCGUCGAUCAAGAGCUUGGAAAGCCGAAGAAGUCGGGGAGAAAAGAAGCCGUAUUGGCUGUACCUCGAACGGAAAACAGCAACUCGCGCGCAACAACCGCUGCAGUCGUGGCAUCUCUGUUUCCGGGUUCUCCAAGCGCUGCAAAUGUUGACAAGGAAGACCGUGCGAAGGAACACAACAACGAGAAGACCAAAAAGGAAAAGACGGAAAAGAAGAAGACUUCUCGCGCAAAGAAACACAAGCGACAGCCAUCUCUGGUUCCUGCGGCAGCAGACGCGACACAGCCCGACAACUUGGUGGUGAAUGCACAAGAAGAGACACCGAAAGUAUUGUCCCCUAAAAGUCUUUUGCUGUUCGCGUUGAUAACUCGGAUACUGCGCAUUUGGGGCUCAGCAGCCUAUUCGGCUGGACAGCCUGCUUUUGUACGAAUACGAAAUGGCUACGCUCGGGUUGUCGAAUGGUUCGACGCAAACGGUCCGUUUGCUGCUGCUCUUUCUUACGUGGAAUCGGUACUAGCGAUGGUGGUCAGCAUGUUGCUGCUGUUCUCUCUGCAUGCUGUGUCAUGGUUCAUCCACAUCCACCGAGUCGCGUUCCGCGCGAUCGUGACUCAUCAUCACAUCGGAUUCAGCUUCGCUUUCCUGUAUGGCUUUCCGUAUCUGGUCCAGCAUGUUUUCCCAUGGGCACCACCUUGGGCGCCCGUGUGCCUCUGGUAUGCGUUCCUAGUUCAACUGUUUUGCACGAAUGGGCCAACAGCUAUCGUCACGACAUUCCGAGUGAUCAUACCGCUCGUCUUUCUGAUCGAGGGCAUUUCUCACCACAGUUUUCUUCUGGAUUUGAACGGUGCGGAGCUUCUGCUCACUUCGUUCAUCAUUUCCGCGCUAAAGACGAGCAGCCUGUGUUCGCCGAUCUUUUUCCUGUCACUAGCGACACAGUGUUUGCUUGCUGUUUUCCUAGGAUCAGAACUGAUUGUGCAAUGGCUGCAGUUGGCACUGGCACUCUACUCGCUGCAUGCUAUGGCUGCGAGCGACGACGAAUGGAUCGGUAUCCGAGAAGAAGAAGACGACCUGUCAUGCCGCCUCGUAUCGAUGCAUCAUUCAAUCGCAACUUACAACCACCGCCCUGCGCCAUCAGGUCCCGUGUCCGUCCAAAAGACUAAGCGGCCAGACCUUCGAGCUUUGGCAUAUGCCCGUGGACGCAAGGCGCGUCAAUGGUCCCCUUUCUCGCGUUGA